ACAGCCCAAUGGAAUCUUUUUACAAAAUGUUUAUGGGGUUCUAAUUCAUCACACAAUAAGAAAAACAUGAAGAAGAAAAAGCGUUCGCAAUUACCCAAAGGGCAGAAGGUGAUUCAUCGCCAUUUUAAAAGGAGAAGGAAAACUACUUUGUCUAAAAUCCUCCAAGCAGGUUCAAACAGCCGUCGCACGAAGGAAUUGUUGCAGAAUAAUAGAGCAUUGACAGCUGAACUUGUAGAAUGUAGGACCAUAAUAGCUAACAACACUAGAAUGAUCCAAAGUUAUAAUGUAGCCAGUACUCAAGUUUGUAUGGCGCAAAGAAAACUUAAAGACAUGGCCUCAACUUUACAAAAAGUGGUAGGUGAUUUGGAUGCUGCUUUAAAUUACCUUGAUGUGAGACAUCUAAUUUCUUCAACAAUAUUUUCUAAUGAUUUCAAACCUGAAUCCUGUCCACCAGAAUUGGAAACUAUUGAGGAAAGUCCCAGAUCAUCAGUCGCCAGCAAUGAAGUUGAACUCAUGGAAGAUGCAACGCCUGUUUUUGAUGAUUAUGUUACAGAAAUCUAUAAUGUUACUAACUUUCUUAAUCUUGAUAAACAAAAUGGUUCAGAAGAAAACAAUGUUUCUACAAUACGGACACCUGAAAUGCCCCAAUUCAGUCCCCAAAAGUAUACUAGUAAAAUGCCAGAUUUUGUAUAUGAGAAACCUAAAGACAUAGAAGGGAAAGAAUUUACAAAAGAAACAACACCCAAAGCAAAAACAAGCUCUAAUCUCUCCAGAAUACCGGUGCGACGACAUAACUUAUUUUGCGAUCUGGGUAUACCUGACACUCCUGAAGCUUUCGUUCCUUCGAUUCGACGAGAAACUUUUGUUGUUAACCAGCUAAACAAAGAUAACAAUGACUGCUUACCUGUUUCUGUGAAGUCGGGAACAGACUCUUUGCAGGAACUAGCGCACGAGUUACAAGCCACCAAGAAGGCUGAUUCAGAUAAGAGAGGCACAUUUGUAAUUCCUCAUUUGCCACCGCAGAAACCAGAUCCCAGACCUGGAAACCCAUUCCAAUUGCCUCAUGAAAUUUGUACUGGUGAUAUGACCCUGAACUUUGUUGAAGACAUGGAUCUCACUGAAAUUAUCCCCUCUGUUGCCCUUGCAAGUUCAACAUAUGAAAUGCAUUUUAAUAACUUCUCUCUUCCUUCCAAUAAAACAGCAUGCAACCUGAAAGAUUUACCUUCUGUUUCGAAUAUUUCAAAACCAAUAUCUCCCAUUGAAAAAUUUAAACCUUCUCCUAAUCUAAGUAUAGUAUCCAGUGAUCAUAAGCCCGGGUCAUCAAUGUUGAAAAAAGGAAAAGUUGUUUCAAAAUGCUUUGAAGAAGGUUUUGUGCCCGAAUCUAGUAACCUAAAACCCACCAAUAAAAUUUCUAAUAAGUUAAUUGGAUCAAAUUCCUUAAAUGAAGCUUUUAAGCAUCCCACAAUAUCAACCCCGCCUACAGUAAAUACAGGGUCGCCCGAGUAUUGCCAUAAAUCUGUCGGCCAAUCAGUAUCACCUACUAUACCCGAAGAACUGUUAAAGCAACAAAAGUUAUCGAUUGAUCCUAUCAUUGCAGUUGAAAGUGAUUUAGAUGUCAUAAAUGAGCGCAUAAAAUCUAAUCGAGCUUCUAGAAAGUCAGUGUUGCCUUAUCCUGCUAAAGGAGUUUCAAAGCAAACGAACCAAACAAAUGAUGCAGAUGAUUUGGAAGAAGUACACGAAUGUCGAAGAUCGAAAACUUCUAAAAUGACAGUAUUACCCAAUUUUUUAAAAAAAUCACCAAGCUACCAAAAUUUAUCAUCUAAUCAUGAUCUGUCAGAAGAAACUGAUUCAGAAGCAAUAGAUAAGCAAAACAAAUCUAGUAAAGCCUCUAUCAAAUCGUUGUUACCUAAUCCUAAAGAAUUAUUAAAUCAGCUAAACUUAUCAGGUAACAUUGAUCUGCCAGAUACAGCUCAUACAAAAGCUACAAAUGAGGUCAUGUCUUUGGAUGAAAUAACAAGGCCAUCAUGUAGCACUGAAAAAACAGUAGUGAAUAGAGAACAUUCAAAGGAACCAGAAAUUUCAAACAGCAAAUCCACAAAAAAGAAUCUUAAGAAAACUUCUAGUAUAUGUCCUAGAAAAUCUGUUUUGCCUAAAAUUUCAGAAAAUUCAUCAAAUUCAGAAAAUUCAUCAAAUUCAUCUUUUUCGGAUAUGUUCCCCUCAGAUUCUGAACCUGAGGUUAUUGCAACAGAACAGCAGAGAAAGAGAAUCCCAGGCAGGAGAAGUUUAAAACCAGGCCGAAGAGGACCUUUCAUAUUUAAAAAAACUAGGAAGUCUAAUUCAAAGCUUAAUAAGCUUGAAUGUGCCGAUUCUAAAGGAUACGACUUCUCUUUGUCCGACGAAGAUGAGGAACCGACCACGAAAUGUAGGCAGAGCAAAAAACCACCCAAAAAGAGUUCAAAAAUGCCAAAGAAUAAAAAUACAGUUGCCGUUCUAGAGCGAGAUAUCGGACUCAUGUAUCAAGAGCAAGGUCGAAAGAAACGCUCCUUGAAAAAGAAAGUUUCAUUUGCAAAUAUUAAUGCAACCCCUACAAAUAGUGACGACGAGGACAGAGUUAAAAACUCUGAGAGAGAAAUUAAAAUUGUGGAUAUGUUUGAACCUAAUGAUUGUGAGAAAAAAAGUGUUCCUGUGCGACGCUCGAUGCUUAAAAAACCAUCACUGCCCGCUGAAAAAAGUUACAUUUCACACAAUAUUUCUCCCAAUAUUGAACACAAAUUAAAAAGCUCAUUUCCAAGUACUGAUGAAAGUGAAGAGGAGUUAAGGUCCAAGAAAAAUGAGAAAUCUGAAGAAACUGAAAAACAAACAAAUAAGGUUAAGGGAAGAAGCCAAGGAGAUGGUCUUGUAAAUGUGACUGAUAAAAAAAUGGAUGGUGAGCCUAAAGAGAUUGAAACAGACUACCCUCUUAUUGCUACAACACAUGUUGAUAAAAUAGAUGUUAGCAAAAAAUCAAGUUUAAAUGUGAAACAAGGGAAUAGUUCCUCUAAGUUGAGUGGUGCGAAAUCUCAUAAAAACUCUGAAUUUUUCGGAUUUGAGAGUAAAAGGUCUAAAAGCAAAAAGACGUUCUCAGGGAUUUCCGAAAGGUCUAGCAGGAAGAGAGUAACUGCAACCGAUGACUUCUUAGAUGAUGUUGAUAUCCCUUUUCCGGAAGAAAAUCCAAAUGGUGGGGCUUCAGAUAUAAAAAGCCUGAGCAGUGCCACACAGAGCACCCAUACAUCGUUGGCAAAGCCACCGAUUGAUAACUUAAAUGCGGAAGAUGUUGCAGUGGAAAAUGAAACGAGUGAUGCCAAUGUUGCUCCCUCCAGCGACAAAGAAAUGGAAGCUCCGACGGUGGUCCCGAAAACGCCGGUCUUCGUAAAUGUGAGUUCCAAGAAAAUUUCUAACCUGAAAAGAAAUAAAAAAACCAAAACUCCAACUUCAUCUGAUGUGCUGACAGAAGUUAAAGAGAAUGCCAGGAAAAGUAAAUCUAAGAAUGUUCUUAAAGAGAACAUUAAAGACUCAGCUUUCACUCCUCCUCCCUCUAAAGCAAGAAAAACUGAUAGCACUGGAAGUCUAAAAGAGAAUUUCGUUGUUCCUGACUUAGAAAGUGGAGGACGAAGUAGGCGUAAUCGGCCAACAGUAAACUUUAAGGAACCUAGCCUGAAUCGGAAAUUAAGAAGAAACUAAUCUUCUUAGUCUUCUUUUUGUAAUCAGUAUCAUUUCUGUGCUAUGUAUAUUUUUAAAAACAUUGUCGCCUUAUAAGCUUUGUAUGAAACUUUGAAUUAGAAUUUUAGUCUUCUUUUUGUAAUCAUUAUCAUUUCUGUGUUAUGUAUAUUUUUAGAAACUAGAUAGUUUGAAAUAAAUUGUUUUGCUGCCAUUAA